AGUGUUUGUUUCACGUACAGUGUGUGGGUUGUUCGUGUUGUAAUAUAAGCGUUAUCACAGUUUUCUCUUGAGGCGUCAAUUACAUGAGCUCUUUGCUUCAAAUUCAAUGGUUAUCAUCACAGAAGUUAGAGAGCGGACACACCACUUGUUGAUGGAGUUGUUUCUCGGAGCAGGAAGAGAGUAUUGCCAGGCACAACACAAGUAAACUGUCAACAGUUCCACCCUAACUUUGUAUAUAUAUAUAUAUACAAGUGUUUGAUUUGACAAUGUGCAGUAGCUGUAUGGGGUAAAUAGUGGACAUAAUCCUUGGAAAGUGAACAAUGGUGGAGUGUAUGGUGCUAAAAAGAGUGGCUGUGAUCACUGUUAGAAUCGAAGGCUCUUAAUUCAUAUUGUUGUUUUUUUUCUGAUGGUAAUUUGAGAUUUAGCUUAUUUUGUUUUCUCAUUAUUUUUCCAUCUUUAAGUAACAACCUUUUCUUCUGUUCUGUAAUGAACAUUAUGAAACAAAAAACAAUGCGGCCAGCGCCAUCAGAAAUUUCCUUCAAAAAUAUGCGGUUUCUUAUCAUGGACCGACCAACAGAUUCAACUAUUCCUGGCUUUCUAGAGGAAUUAAAGAAACAUAAUGUUAAGGAUCUCGUGAGGGUUUGUGAAGCCACCUACAAGACAGAUUUGUUGGAGCACGAGGGUAUUAAUGUACAUGAUUGGCAGUUUGAUGACGGAUCACCUCCACCAGCUAAGAUAGUUGAAGAUUGGUUUGACUUAUUAAAGACAAGAUUCAAAGAAGAUCCCGAUGUUUGUGUGGGUGUUCACUGUGUAGCUGGCUUAGGGAGGGCUCCAGUUCUUGUGGCCUUGGCACUAAUAGAACUGGGCAUGAAGUAUGAAGAUGCCGUUGAACUCAUUAGACAGAAACGAAGAGGAGCUAUUAACUCCAAGCAACUUUCUUAUCUGGAAAAGUACCGUCCUAAGUCACGAUUGAAGAUUAAAAAUGGACAUAAGCCAUGUAUUAUUCAGUGAAAUCAUUAUCUUCCUCUUAGCCAACCUCAAGUUUUGAUUAGAUUUUAUUUCUGUUUUUAGAAGUUAACGUAACAGAAACGCGUUCUUGUUACGACAUGGCACGGUUGAUAAAUAUAUGUCGCAAGAUGCCAUGUCCGUGCCUGCUUCUACGGGAGUGUAUCAUCUGUUAGAUACUGUGGAACGUCCUGUUGUACUGUGCACCUUUAGAGUGUGAAUACAACUAUCUUGGUAGAAGUUUUUGAUUUCUUUGACAGUUUUUGUCUUCCAUAGUUGACCUUUGUUCAACUGGAAGAAAACACAAACUCUCCUCAUCCUGUGAACUUAUUCUAGCGUAAAACAUUAAAUGCCUCAUACACACUACAUACAAGACUAUGAGACUGUUCUUGUAGCGAUUUAGGGUUUAAAAGCUUAUCUCGGAAAUAAUGAUAAGUCAAGAAAUUGAACUGAUAAUUUUGAUUUUUGUGGUCAGGAUGAAAAAAAAAACGUUUUAUACACAGUGACAUUAGAAGUGAUGUGAAAACAAUAGUCUUGGGAAAAGUGCAAGUCUUUAAAUUCAAGCAUGUAUUAUGUCAUAAAAACAGUUGCAUGCCUGAAAUAAAGAUAAUAUUGUAAAAAAACAAUAAUUUAUUGUGAUACUCCUGAACUUCUGGUUGCCUAUGUUGUCCAACUUUUAUCUCGUAGGGAAUAAUAUAUUUUAACUAUUUUUUUAAUAUAAUUCAAGCCAUUUAUAAAUAAUAUUCAUCAAUAAUUUUGUCUGCUUAUAAAACUGGCAGGAGGAAAUUUUACCAGUGAAAAACUAAGAGGUAACAGUUGUUUGCUGUGAUCUAGUAGAACAAUUAAAUGAUGCAAGUGUAAGAAACGUUAAACACUGAGCUCAAGGAUUGUUCAAGCUCAAUUUUGUUUCUUUGUGAAUAUUUUAUGAUAAUACAUGGAAAUUGAGUCUUUCAAGUAUUGGAUGAGAACUUGGUAUUUAGAGUAUUCACUUAAGAAACAUUUUAAUCCCAGGGAAAAGGUCAUUUAAAUAAAUAUCUUGAUAGCUAUAAAAAAUUAGAUGGAACUGGAUAAAAUACUGAAUCAGAAUACAAUCUUUCUAAAUGAUUCUGUAGGUUAGGUUUGUUUGUUAGAGCUUAUGCUUCUGUUUCUGUAGGAUUACUACAAAACUUGAUUUGUAAAGUGUAUUGCUUUGGUACUUAAUUAAAAAUGUUCUUCUUAGAACAUCUCGAGUUAUUCUUUUUUAAGAUUCUACGAGAAGUUUCGGAUUACUCCUUUCCAGACAAUAUAUCAGUGUUAAUUAACUGUUUCACUAAACUUUUUCAACUUUAUUUUGUGCGACGUGCACAAGAUAGACAAGAAAAAGUUUUCAUUUAGGUGUGUCAGUUUAUUCCAUGUUAUCAUUUAUCCAAAUAAAAUAUAUUCUAUGUAUUGACAAAAAAAUCAAUAUUUUUUUUUUCUAAUAAACCUCUGAAGAAAACAAUCUUUCUUGCUGGUUAAAGACCUUUCGUAUAAUAUUUUAACAUUAAGGUUUUUCCAGCAUGGUAAUGAUCUACUCAAUUGUUUUCAGAGUUCCAAAUUUUCAGUUAGAAAGUUUAGACUGCAACACAAAAAUUAUAACCUAUUUCAACUGCAGAAUGUAAACAUAUUGUAUUCUUAAGGAAAUGUUUUGUUUUAAAUAGUUUUUUCUUUAACCUAGUUAUGAUUACAUAAUUUAAAAGAAAUCUAACUGAUUUGUCAGGAAGGAGAUGGACAGGAAUUAUUUACUCUUGUGUCCUCUAAUAAGUAUUUUUAUAUGUACUCUUGUUUUUAAUCAAAAAAGUAAGUUUAAAAGUAUGAUUGGAUUGUAUCUUUAAUAAAUUUUAAUACUCUCGCCAGUGAAUUGAUUUUAAUAGAAACGGGUGCUUAAUUUAUUGUAAUGAAUUCGAUGUUUAUGGCUCUUUGGAGAAACCAGGUGGGAAUGAAUUCAUAAAAUUUAAUGAUACGUUUGAAGCUUUUUAUUAUUGCAGGAUGCGUAGAUAAUGAGAUGUUUUUUCUUUGGCUGUUGCGAUGAUGAAUGUACAAUACAGUGUUCUUAGUGUCAGUUCUGUAUAGUUGGAUGGCUGUCUACUACACUAGAACAUUUUCAUCCCAAAAACUUACAGAAAGUUUCUUUUUAGAACCUUCCCAAACCCUCACCACUCGUUAUAUUUUGUUACAUAAAAUGAUAGAUGCGUAGUUAUGGAAUUGUAAUUUGGAUUGUAAUUGAUGUAUUUUAAUAAAUCAUAGUUUGCACAAUA